AUGAAAAGUCCAAUAUCUGCUCUUCAAAGUGGUAAAUUAAGAUUUUUCAAAAUGUUCAAGUCUUCUAUCAGUGAAGAUCCCAGACACGGACCGAUUAUUAGUAGACGACAAUUACCUUCCCCCUACAAAUCAUUUGUAGGCGGUUCAGAAAUUGAAGAUGAAGGAUUUUUCACCUCGGAUGAUUGUGUACUUCGAAUAGAUUUUCUGUGUAGUCUUCCUUAUGAGGUGGCUACUAGUAUAUUACUGUUUCUGAAUUUUAAUACACUGUGUCAAAUUUCCAGAGUUUCACGUGCAUGGUAUUGUAUCACACGUGAUAAUGAAAUAUGGCGUGGAUUAUAUAUGAAGAGUCAAGGGUGGAAAGUAAAAAUACCACCACAUAUAAUGUACCGUGAUCUCGAUUGGAAACAAAUGUUUAAAAAUCGAUUCUUGCUGGCGAAACGUUGGAGUGAAGGUGAAUGUGAUAAGCGAUAUUUACGAGGUCACACGGAUAGUGUGUAUUGCAUACAAUUUGAUGAGGAAAAAAUUGUCACUGGUUCACGUGAUAAAACAAUAAAAUUCUGGAAUAUAAGCACAGGAAUUUGCUUGCGAACGUUGACUGGACACGACGCAUCGGUAUUAUGUCUUCAAUUUAACGAAUCAAUAAUGGUCUCUGGGUCAAGUGAUAUGAGUGUAAUCGUGUGGGAUAUGCAUGACCUGAUUCCAAUACGAAAACUCGAAGGUCACACUGCCGGGGUGCUGGAUAUCUGUUUCAACGAGAACUAUAUCGUCUCUUGCUCGAAAGACAGCACCAUUAAAAUAUGGGAUAUAAAAACAUAUGAAUGUCUGCGCACGCUAAAAGGACAUCGUGGACCAGUGAAUGCAGUUCAAUUAAAGGACAAUAAAAUUAUAUCUGCGUCUGGUGACGCGCUAAUAAAAUUAUGGGAUGCUGAAACUGGUGAAUGUAUUCGCGAUUUUAUUGGUCACAUGCGUGGACUAGCAUGUGUACAAUAUGACGGGAAAUUGGUGGUUUCCGGCUCAAAUGAUCAUACUAUCAAAAUAUGGGAUGCGGAGACCGGAAAGUGUAUACAUACGCUGUAUGGUCAUACGGAAUUAGUAAGGACAUUACAUUUCGAUGAUGAUAAAAUUGUGAGUGGUAGUUAUGAUCAAUCGGUUAAAGUGUGGGAUUUGAAAAGCGGGAAACCUCUAUUGGAUUUCAAGGAUGGGCAUACGAGCUGGGUAUUUGAUGUACAAUUUAGUGCAACAAAAAUUGUUAGGUGA